CUUGAGUCAGUUUCUCGUGCUGUCGAACAAAAUCACGUUGCCGUGCUGCCGUUGAUCUGCAUUGAUCAAAGAAACUUCUCGAAUUACUUUGUAUACCGUUCUGUUUCAACCGUAAAAAUGGCUCUUCACGUUCCCAAAGCUCCUGGCUUCGCUCAAAUGAUGAAGGAUGGCGCAAGGCACUUCUCCGGCCUCGAGGAAGCUGUCUAUCGCAACAUCAACGCAUGCAAAGAAUUCGCACAAUCGGUGCGCACCGCCUACGGCCCCAAUGGCAUGAACAAAAUGAUUAUCAAUCACAUUGAAAAACAGUUUGUGACAAGUGAUGCAGCUACCAUCAUGAGAGAGUUAGAUGUUGAACAUCCAGCAGCCAAACUGAUGAUCAUUGCCAGUCAAAUGCAAGAUGCUGAAGUUGGAGAUGGCACAGCAUUUGUCAUCAUUUUGGCAGGUGCACUGCUUGAAUGUGCUGAAGAACUGUUGAGACUGGGUGUUACCCCUGGAGAAGUUGCUGAAGGAUAUGAGAAGGCUCUGGAUAAAUGUUUAGAGAUUCUUCCCUCAUUGGUUGUAAUGGAAAUCAAAAACUUCAGAUCUGCUGAUGAGGUGGUUCAGGGUAUUAGAACUUCAAUCCAGUCAAAACAAUAUGGUCAUGAGGACUUCUUGGCAAAACUUGUGGCUGAAGCUUGUGUAUCCAUCCUGCCAGAACAGACUACAUUCAAUGUGGAUAACAUCAGAGUCUGCAAGAUUUUGGGCUCUGGUUUGUUCAAAUCUGAAGUCAUUCAGGGAAUGGUAUUCAAACGUGAAGUAGAAGGUGACAUUACAAGUGUGAAGAAUGCUAAAGUUGCACUCUAUGGUUGUGCUGUAGAUAUUAUGCAGACUGAAACCAAAGGCACUGUUUUAAUUAAAACAGCUGAUGAAUUGAUGAACUUCAGUAGGGGGGAAGAAAAUUUGCUGGAGUUGCAAAUAAAAGCAAUUGCAGAUACUGGUGCGAAAGUCAUUGUGGCUGGCGCUAAAUUCGGUGAUAUGGCGUUGCAUUUUGUGAACAAGUAUGGCAUGAUGGCGGUGCGACUUAACAGCAAGUUUGACUUGCGCCGUUUGAGCAAAACCGUCAGUGGAACUGUUCUGCCGAAAUUAACUCCGCCCACAUCCGAAGAGCUUGGUUAUUGCGAUUCUGUUCUUUUGGAAGAACGCGGUGAUACUCCUCUGGUUGUGUUCCGUAUGGAGGGUAAAGAUUCGCGCAUCUCCACCAUCGUCGUACGAGGCGCCACAGACAACUACAUGGACGACAUCGAGCGCGCCAUUGAUGAUGGUGUCAAUACAUUUAAAAGCAUUUCGCGCGACGGCAAAUUUGUACCUGGCGCUGGUGCUACAGAAAUUGAGCUCGCUCGGCAAUUGUCUGCAUACGCAGAUACCUUACCUGGCCUGGAACAGUAUGCCGUAAGGAAAUUUGGCACUGCACUUGAAUACUUCCCAAAAGUACUGUCAGAUAACAGCGGUCAAAAGUCUACUCCAGUGCUGGCCAAGUUGUUGGAAGCGCACAAGAAUGGUCUGAAAACCGCCGGCGUUGAUAUCGAAUCGGAAAAGAGUGUGUGCGAUGCAGUCGAGAAGAAUAUCUUAGAUUUGUAUUUGUGUAAAUACUGGGGCUUGAAAUACGCCGUCAGCGCGGCUGCAACCAUUUUGAGGGUUGACCAGAUUAUCAUGGCUAAACGCGCCGGCGGGCCCAAAGCACGACCUCCAGCGGGAAGUGAUGACGAAUCUUAAACCUUAGUUAUUAUAUUUAUCACCGUUUCUAACAUUUUGAUUUUCACCAUUGGUAAGCAUAUUCACGUUCUCACAUGCAUAAUACGCUUUAAUAUUUGUAUUUAAAGACAAGUAAUGAUAAUAAAACGCAUUUCACAGAUUAAA